AUGAUGUGGCACAAGCCUUUUUUUUUUUCCUUCCUUUCUUUCUCAUGGCAAAUGAGAAGAAAGGCUAAGGCUAUUAUUUUGCUUUGCCUUCCCACAAGGCUCCUCACCACAAAAUAUGGCUUAGGGAGAUCUUUUAUUCCUCCAGCUGUGUUAGGCUAUUUCUCAGAUGAUUUCUCCAGCACAAUAACUUGCUGCCCUCUACAACUGGAGCUUCACAGAGUUUCAACGAGUAAGUUCUCUUGGAUAUAUGAUAUAAGUUUAAAGAUGGGGAUUCUGAGCCAGUUAUUAAUCAUUCACCUCCUCUGUGCUGCCAUGGUCUUUUGUCAAUAUGAAGACUACGAUUUUGAGGAUGAAUAUGAUGAGCCAGAUCAUCAACAUCCUUAUUAUUUUAAUCCAAAUACACAACCUGAAGGUCCUCCCUUUCCCUUUCCAGUUGAGUGUGCCAAAGAAUGCUUCUGUCCACCAGCUUUUCCGUUAUCAAUGUACUGUGAUCAUCGUAAACUGAAGACAAUACCAAAUAUCCCUAAUCACGUCCAACAACUUUAUCUGCAAAACAACGACAUUGAAGCUGUGCCUGCAGGACCAUUCACUAAUGCUACCUUCCUAAGAGAAAUUAACCUCAAUCACAACAAAAUUAAAUUUCAUAUGAUUGACAGUGGUGUUUUUGCCAAACUUUUGAACUUAGUGCAACUUCAUUUACAAUAUAAUGAAUUGGAAGAAUUUCCAUUCCCACUCCCCAGCUCUCUAGAGAGACUCCUCCUUGGUUCCAACAAGAUUUCUCAGUUAUCUGCAAAUGCCCUGGAAGAAUUACCCAACAUAACCAUGCUUGACCUUUGCAAUAACUCACUUGAUGACUCAGUACUCAAAGGAAAACCCUUUUCAAACCUCAAAAAUUUAAUGCAGCUCAACUUAUGCAACAACAGAUUCCAGAUUAUGCCUCCUGAUCUACCCUCAUCACUUAUGCAUCUCUCUCUUGAAAAUAACUCCAUUUCUUAUAUUCCAGAAAACUAUUUCAGCAGACUUCCAAAAAUCAUUGCUCUAAGAAUGUCUCACAAUAACCUGCAGAACAUCCCAUGCAACACCUUUAAUCUACCCAACCUUCUAGAACUUAAUCUUGGACAUAACAAAUUAAAACAAGUAUUCUAUAUUCCAAGAAGUCUGCAGCAUUUGUAUAUCCAAGACAACGACAUUGAAGUCAUAAACGUUACUUUGAUGUGUCCACAUAUUGAACCAAUGAACAUCAACCAACUAACCUAUAUACGGGUGGACCAAAACAAGCUCACAGUUCCACUAAGCACCUAUGCAUUCUUCUGCUUCCCCCACAUCCGAACCAUUUACUAUGGGGAACAAAAGGUCAACAAGUCAACUCAGCUAAGAACAGCAGUGUUCCGACGAUUUUUAACACCAGAAGAAUUUGAAGAAGCUGAAGCCAAUCAUGAAACACCUGACCAUGAAACUGAAGAAGAUCAUGAAGCAGAAGACAACUACUUUCACCCUUACUUUUAG